CCCCUGGGCGGUGCCGCUGAGUCGCCCGAGCGCACAGGGGUGUGGGCGGAGGCAGCCCCGCGCCCGCGCCUUUGGGAGUCGCUUUGCCUCUUCCCCCCACUCACACCUGCUACCGCGCGGAUACCAUGUCGAAGGCGGCCGGAGGCGCGGCGGCGGCGGCGGCGGAAAGUUGUCCCCCAGCCCCGGCUGGGUCGUCCUCAGCCGCCGCCGUGGAGGACCUGUCCAAAGUGUCUGACGAGGAGCUGCUGCAGUGGAGCAAGGAGGAGCUGAUCCGCUGCCUGCGGCGCGCCGAGGCCGAGAAGGUGAGCGCGAUGCUGGACCACAGCAACCUCAUCCGCGAGGUCAACCGCCGCCUGCAGCUGCACCUGGGCGAGAUCCGCGGGCUCAAGGAUAUCAACCAGAAGCUCCAGGAGGACAACCAGGAACUGAGGGACCUCUGCUGUUUCCUGGAUGAUGACCGGCAGAAAGGCAAGAGGGUGUCCCGGGAGUGGCAGAGACUGGGCCGCUACACGGCCGGGGUGAUGCACAAGGAAGUGGCCUUAUACCUGCAGAAGCUGAAGGAGCUGGAGGUGAAGCAGGAGGAGGUGGUGAAGGAGAACAUGGAGCUCAAGGAGCUGUGUGUGCUGCUGGAUGAGGAGAAGGGCACGGGCUGUGCGGGCAGCCGCUGUUCCAUCGACAGCCAGGCCAGCCUGUGCCAGCUUGCUGCCUCCACCGCGCCCUAUGUGCGGGACGUGGGUGACGGCAGCAGCACCUCCAGCACCGGCAGCACCGACAGCCCCGACCACCACAAGCACCACGCGAGCAGUGGCAGCCCCGAGCACCUGCAGAAGCCCCGGAGCGAGGGCAGCCCGGAGCGCUCCAAGCACGGGAGCGCCAGCCCUGAGCAUCUCCAGAAACCCAGGGCCUCUGGGACCCCAGAUCACCCGAAAGCACUCAAAGGACCCAGUCCGGAGCACCACAAACCCCUGUGCAAGGGCAGCCCUGAACAGCAGAGGCACCCGCACCCCGGGAGCAGCCCAGAAACGCUGCCCAAGCACGUGCUCAGUGGGGGCCCCGAACACUUCCAGAAGCACCGGUCAGGGGGCAGCCCUGAACACGCCCGGCACAGUGGAGGGAGCCCGGAGCAUCUUCAGAAACACGCCCUCGGGGGGAGCCUGGAGCAUCUCCCGAGAGCCAGGGGAACCAGCCCCGAGCACCUCAAACAGCAUUAUGGAGGUAGUCCUGAUCACAAACACGGAGGAGGCAGUGGCGGAGGUGGCGGUGGCGGAGGUGGCAGUGGAGGUGGCGGCGGAGGCAGCAGGGAGGGUACCCUCCGACGGCAGGCGCAGGAGGACGCAUCACCCCAUCACCGGAAUGUCUACAGUGGCAUAAACGAAUCAACCUUGUCCUAUGUUAGGCAGCUGGAGGCAAGAGUCAGACAGCUGGAGGAAGAAAAUCGCAUGCUGCCCCAGGCCACCCAGAAUAGAAGGCAACCUCCAACUAGAAACAGCUCAAAUAUGGAGAAAGGCUGGGGGCCCCGAGCCCAGCGGGUCUUGCAGUGGUGGCAAGGGUGCCGAGGAAUAGGACGAUGCCUGCCCACUCUCCCGGGUUCUUUUAGGUUGUCAUCAGGGGCUGAUGGGAGUAACAGUUCACCCAACUCUCCAGCUAGCUUCAGUGGACAUACCACACCUUCUCAGCAGCCUGAACCUGUGGUACAUUCUCUUAAGGUUGUGUGGAAGAAACUUGGAGAUGCUGCAGGUUCAUGUCCUGGAAUUAGGCAACAUUUGUCAGGAAACCAGUACAAAGGACCAAUGUGAGAAUCAUUGUUUUUCAAACAUGAGAUCCCCACUGCCAGAAAGAGAUAAAAGGAAAGAAGAAGAAGAAGAAAAGAGUGGGUUUCUGCAAACCUGGACUUAUGGAAUAACAUGGAGUGAUUGUACAUUGCACAUAUCUCCCCUCUAAAACCUUCAGUACAACUCCCCUCAAGCUAAGAUUCUGUGUCUCUCACUUCAGUAUCCACAACUGUCAAUCUCAAACAAGGUAGCUUUGAAAAUCAUAAUUUUGGUACCAGUAUUUUCAUUAGAACUAAAGUGUUUUUACUCCCAGAUCUAAUAUUGUAAUUGGCAAAUCUGCGUAGUUGGAAGAGUCCAGUGGAACUUCAGUGAUUUCGAUAUAGUUGGCCCAUUGCAUAUAAUGGUGAGUGUUUUCUACUAUGUUGUAUUGAAGUUAUGAAGAGGUGUUUUCAGGCUUCCCAAUUCUGAGAGUUGGGCUCCUACCUCUUAUACUUCCGUCAACAAAAUAAUAGUUCCUGACACAUAAUUAAUUUGGAUGCAAGAUAAGAUUAUACUUCUGGGCUUUUGUUUUGACUUUUGAGGUGCUAAAAAUACCACAUAAAUUCCCCCUACCAGCUAGAAGGAUAGCAAGACUUUGUAGAGUGCUUAUCAGAGAGUACCAUUUAUUUCAAUUGAUCAAAAUAAAUAUAUCUUUUCUUUUGAUCUUGAUGAGCUUCUCAUAAAGAUGC